AGUGCAAAACCCUGGAUAAAUAGAUAGAAUAUAGUAUAAGAAACCUGUUGCCUAUGCAUAAUCCCAGAAGCCUAAGUAACUGGAGCAGCGGGUUACGAUGAAGAAGGGAGUUCAACUUGUUAAGAGACUGUCUCCAUCUGUGUCCACCAUAUUCAAUUUCAAUGCUUCCACUCAUUAUCUACCUAGCAGCUCGCCUUGGUGGUCUGCCUCUCAACAUCGCGGCGUCAAAGUUAACGCCAUCCAUCUAAGGCCAGGGAAUGUAAUUGAAAAAUCAGGACGAGUCUACCAGAUAGUAGAAUCAGAGCAUAAGCAGCGAGGAAGAGGAGGUGCAUUGAUGCAGAUGGAGCUUCGUGAUGUUGACAACGGAAACAAAGUAAGUUUCCGGUUUGGCCCUGAAGAGCCUGUUGAAAGAGUGUUUGUUGAGGAGAAGUCUUUCACAUGUUUGUACACAGAAAAUAAUACUGCGUUUCUGAUUGAGCCUGAGACAUUUGACCAACUGCAAGUGCCAUUGGACUUAUUUGGCAAGUCUGCUGCUUACCUAAAAGAGGAAAUGAAAGUUAGACUACAGUUAUAUGAUGGAAGACCAUUGACUGCAGCAGUUCCAAAACGAGUGACAUGUACUAUUAAGGAGACACAAACUCCAAUGAAGGGGGUUUCAGCGACCCCUCGGUAUAAAAAAGCUUUGCUGGACAAUGGCCUUAGUGUUCAAGUACCACCCUAUCUUGAUACAGGUGAAGAAAUAAUUAUCAAUACUGAAGAUGAUUCUUACCUUGGCAGGGCGAACUAAUA